ACCAUGAGCAGACAGAGUAGUUCGCUCCGCAGGUAAAUCCAAUAGAUGAAACAUGAAGAAUGGUAGGUGCGAAUAUUUGCGAGAAUAUUUGAAUGCUUUCCUAUUAAGGAGAUGCCAACACAAUACCUCUGACUGUAGCUCCCCGAUCCCAUGUUACAGGUUGUCGUGUUUUAAUUUGAAAUUCAAAGGACGUCAGAAGUGGGGGGUGGGGGCGCAUUUUUUGUUUAAACACGAAAACUGUUGAUGCACACACAAUUUGGAAUAUUCAAAUGCAUAUACUCAUAUUUGCCGGCAAUCAUAUGAGUUGUACUUAUUUUUGUUAUGCUUUGGAUAUCAAUUGGGUCUGAGUGAUUUAGAUUCAGGAGAGCAAGAAUUUACAGACCCGGUUGCUUAAAUGUAUUGAACCUGAUUUGGGUAUGAAUGAUUUUCAUUUUGGAAAGCAAAGAUGGACAGAUUUGGUGAUUACAUAAUCCAGGGUGUAGGUACAGUUGCAGGGCCCCUUCAGCCAUUUGGGGGAGCAGUGGACAUAAUUGUGGUGGAACAACCAGAUGGGAGCUUCAGAAGCACUCCAUGGUAUGUCAAGUUUGGCAAGGUUCUUGGUGUCAUCAGGCGCACUGAGAAGAUUGUGGAUGUAGCUGUGAAUGGCCAGGAGGCAAAUUUUCAUAUGUAUCUGAAUCGCAGUGGACAUGCCUACUUCUUGAAUGAGGUUGAAUCUAUUCAAGAAGAACUAAAUGCCCAAAUAACAGCAGAUGCUAUGGAAAAUGUUCAACCGAUUAAGGAUGGCUUUCUGGCUAUUAAGGCAACAAAUGAAAUUGCCAGGCUUUCAAGUGAGACUUGUUCUAAGGUUACUCCUGCAAAUGACAAUAUUUCUAUUUCUUGGAAGAGGAAGCUUGCAAGGAAACGUUUACGACAACUAAGAACAGUGAUUGGAUUAAUGUUUAGGUACACUGCUCAGAGUUUUUCAAACCCCAAAAAUAAAGGGAAAAGGACACCAGAUAGGGUAGCCCUUUUGGAAAUGGCAGAAUUAGCUGCAGAGCUGUUGGAAAGAAAAUGGUGUACAGGGUACUCCCAGGUGAUGCAGCCCAAGAAACAAAUGCUUGAUGACGAUGAAAAAGCUGGGGCACAAUUUCAGAAUAACAAAACCCAAACAGAUGAUUCAGAGGUGCUUUUGGUGAGUGCAGAUGGUCAUGUGACGGAGGUGCCAGUUUCUUCAUUGGAUGAACAUUUAGAUCAGACCCCUGCAAUAUCAUCAUUUCAUGAUCAAGUUAUAUUUACCAAGUCUGAUCCUGAUUCGUCUGCCCAAUGUUUAAAAAGUUGCCCUUAUGAUAAUAUACUUGUAGAUAAUACAAUUUACAAUGAUGGUCUUAUAGAGAAUUCUGAUUCUCAAUUUAAAUUAAGCAUAUUUGAGAGUGUUUAUGAUAUUCACGGGAACCAGGAGGAACAAAAUGGAAACCUGGGAAAUCUAAAUCAAAAGAAUGGUACCAAGAGGAAGGAUCUUUAUGACACGGUACCUUCUCUGCAGGAAGUGGGUGUGCAUCAUUUUCUUAAAUCAAAAACAACAGAAAUGGAGGUCACACAGUCAAAAGACAUUGUGAAUGGGUCUAAAUUAGAUUCAUCACAUGGCAUUAAGUUCCGAGAAAUUCAAAUCCCCUCUAAUUGUGUACCAGGAAGGCAGGAGCAUGUGGUGACUAGUUCAAUUUCCAUGCAAGGGCAUCACUCCUUCAAUGCUGAAAGUACAGAAAUUUCAGUUGCAAGUCUGGGAAAUGGGAAUGAAAGAGAAAACCCAAGUGAUUGUAUGCAACAUGGCACUGGAAAAAGCACUCCUCAGUGCAGUUUCUUACUAUUGGAAGGGGUAGAAGCAACUGCUGCUGUUCAGGCCUUUGAUCAUGAGAAUGUCUGCAUGAGUGAGCUCAAUUGUUCAGGGAUAGCAGAUGAAUUGGAAAGUGUAAUUGCUGCAGAUCACAUUCAGGCAUCUGAAAGUAAGAGGCAACCUGGAAGACAGAAGGCGCAGACAAAUACACCAACAUCAGAGCAGUUGUCAUCCCUGAAUCUUAAAGGAGGUCCAAACAUAAUCACCUUCACUUUUGUAUCAAGUGUAUUUGGAAAACAGCAGGUUGAGGCUCGAAUCUAUUUGUGGAAGUGGAACACCCGAAUUGUUAUUUCAGAUGUUGAUGGAACUAUUACCAAAUCAGAUGUACUGGGUCAUGUCAUGCCUUGGGUUGGAAAGGAUUGGUCACACCUAGGGGUAGCACGCCUUUUUUCUGCUAUCAAGGAUAAUGGCUACCAGUUGCUAUUCUUGAGUGCACGUGCAAUUUCUCAGGCACAUGGGACAAGACAGUUUCUUCUUAAUUUGAAGCAGGAGGGUGAGACUUUACCAGAUGGUCCAAUUGUGAUUUCUCCUGAUGGACUAUUUCCUUCUUUGUAUCGAGAAGUGAUACGAAGAACUCCUCACGAGUUCAAAAUUGCAUGCCUUAAGGAUAUAAAAGCUUUAUUUCCUUCUGAUAGCAACCCAUUCUAUGCCGGCUUUGGGAAUAGAAUUACUGAUGAGAUAAGUUAUUUAAAAGUUGGAGUACCAAAAGGAAAAGUCUUUACCAUUAAUCCCAAGGGAGAGGUGGCUGUAAAUCAUUUUGUGGAUGUCAAAUCAUAUACUUCACUUCAUAACUUUGUAGAUCGCAUGUUUCCAUCUAUGCCUUCAUCUCAACAUGAGGACUUCAAUACGUGGAACUACUGGAAAGUGCCUCUCCUGAGUAUAGAAGAUUAGUUGUCACAGUGGCUGGCCAUAUUUAUUGUACAAAUAGCUUGUAGUUUAGCUCUUCAUUAAUCGAUGACUUUUAAUAAAAUUGUAAUAUAUAUAUUUAGAACACAUGCUCUCCAUAUUCAUGUAACGAUUAAGUAUCUAAUGAAUAAAUUGUCAUGUCAGUUACUCUUGCA